AUGGGCCAAACGCAAUCAGCAAAUGAAAAUGUGCAGGUUUUUGGCGAACGAACGAAAUUGAUUGAUGAAACAAAAAAGUUCUACAAGAAUUUCAAUAAGCUGGAACAGUUCUAUCUCAAAGAAAACUUUACUGCCUUAGGAAAAAAUGUGAACGGAAAAGUCGUUUGGACAGAAGAUACAUUCUGUACAUUUUUUGGAAUUCCGGAUGUGUUUCGUUUGUCUGAGUUCCUCUUUCAUUCUGCUUGCCGUAUUGGAGGAUGCCAGAAUUAUGGAGGAAUUGAUUACAUAGGAAUGGUUCGGUUUAUCGCUGCAUACACAGGUCGUUACAAAAACGUGUGGAAGGACGAUGAAUGCUUGUGGAAAAUUGUUUAUAGCUGGACUAUUCCAAACGCACCUCUUAGAUCAAGUGGUAGCUCAUUAACAAGCUCUCUGGCCAGUUCUUUCAAUUUGGUAAAGCUCGGAAAAACAAACGCAACACGACAACCCACUAUUCCCUGUUCCGUCCUAAUUAGUCUAUUCACACUACUUCUGUGUAUAGGUGAUUUUCAGAGCGGAGAUGUCUUUGCAGAUCAUAUAAGCAUGUUGAUUUCCUCUUCCGUACAGGAAAAACGGAGCUAUGCAAUGUCACUACUGCGGGGUGUUUAUCCUGACCCAUUGGCGAAGUCAAUGAGUCUGAAAUCCGUCUUUCUUUUUCUUCAGUCCAACUCGUACGCAUUACGAAGACUUGGCUAUUUGUUUGAAAUAAUCAUGUACCAAAGAAACCAACAUCCUCACAGACUGGUUGAGCAGCGUUCUUCGGGCUUACUAAUGGACCGUUACUCCCUUCGGCCGCAGUUGGAAAUGUUUAUCCCACCUGAGGUGUUUUCCGAUUGUAAGUUUGUGCAUCUGUUCAAUAGCGAGCAACACGGUUAUUCAAUGAGUUCUUUGGAAAAAUGCUCUAGCUCGUUUUCUGGAAAUACAUUGCUCCUAAUUAGAGCACUACCAUUGGAUGCAUCUCACGCUGAUCGUCGGGCGCGUCAGUUUCUACAAAAAAUCCCUCCGAAAAACAAAUCACUUAGCGGUAUGCUUAUGCAAGACGUGAUAAAAGACUCUUCGAGAGAACUUGUUUUUGGCGCAUAUAUAACAGGUCAAUGGAAAGAAUCUGCCAGUUCGGGCUUUGGCGAUCAAUCUACUUAUUUGUUUAAUUUGCGUCCGUAUCAUCAGAUUUUCCGUGCUACGAGAGUCUCAAAUGAAUACUGUUUCUUUGACAAACAUUUUGGGAUCGCUUUCGGACUCGAGAAUUCAAAGAAGAAGACCGUUAGUUUGCUCAGAAAAGACGGAGUCAUACUGUAUGUGGAUAAUAUGCUCGAUUUUGGAUUCUUCCGACACACUAGUCGUGGUGUCUACAGUAUGGGCAGAAAUUUUGACGACAUUUGUUAUGAAGAGUUUUUUGAAAUCCAAGAAGUGGAACUAUUAGGAAUGAAACCUUUGCGGAAAGAAUAA